AGCAGUCAACGCGGCGCAGCAGCUGCACCCUCUCAUCCACAUCAUUUGUCCACCACCACACGGCCAGACGGCACCCCGCCUCGCGGCACACCACCAUGGAUCUCGAGAUGGGGACCAAGUCUCGCCAGAGAAAGUCGCCUCUUCCGCGCGGCUACCCACCCCCGUCUUCGAUGAUGCUUUUCGACGAUGACCCGGGCAUCAUGUCCGAAGUGGAGACCUCCAGCACGGGAUUUCGACGAGGGGGCAAGCAAAGAAGCAGCUUGCCCGUCGUACGAACGCCCAGCAAGACUUUGGAGCGACCACUAGGACUGGUGUUCCUGCAGUACAGGAACGAAACGAAGAGAGCAUUGCUACCGAACGAGAUUACCAGCAUAGAUACUGUCAAGGCUCUCUUCGUCAGAAGUUUUCCGAAACAGCUUACUAUGGAAUACUUGGAUAGUCCUCACGUGAAAGUUUACAUACAUGAUAGCAACAAGGACAUGUUCUAUGAACUCGAAGAUCUAAGAUCGCACCUGAGAGAUAUCAGGGAUCGCAGUGUCCUGAGACUUUUCGAGAGUGCCGAUGGAGUGACGGGGAUGCCGGGGCCCUUGGGGGUACCGGGAGGUGGCGGCGGUCUGCCUCCCCAUUGGGAAGAUCAGAGCUACUUCAGCGAACCGGAAUUCGACAGUGAAUAUCAGCAUCAGCACAUUCACAAGAGCAAGACGGCCAAGAACUCGACGUCAGGCAGCGGAUACUACGUGGGUGGAAGUAGCACCCUACCGCGGGGUGGGCCCCUUCUAAGGGCAUACAGCCCGGCGGCGUCCAGCGUCGUGGGGAGCGCGACCCCGACGCAGCCCAAGACUCUCACCACACCAGAUGGUUGGAUAGGUGUUGGCGGGGUGCCGCCGGCCAAGCCGCUUCGCAGCUACCAGUGUGGUAAGAGUCCCCUUGGAAGCCUCGGGGGCUCGGCGCGCUUCUCUAGAGACAGCUCGGUCUCCCUCUAUAGUAUACCAGAUCGGCUACAUGGCGAGAGCGGAUAUAUGAGCAGCCCCGAACGCGGCGGCGGCGUCAGUUCCGGAAGCGGAAGAUAUCCACCCGGACCUUACAGCGCCGGUAGCAGCUACGAGGAUCCGUAUUAUUCACAAUACUCAGGAACUGUUACGCCUGUUAUCGACGAAGAAGCCAGUGGGUGGUGCAGCGAUACGGAGCUGUUGGAGGAAUCGUACAGCCUUUACGGCGUGAAACCACCGGGGCGUCCGCCGUCUGGUCCCCCGCGGUCCCCGUUUCCUCCGGGGGCGCCGCCCUCCCUACCACCCGGCGGACAGGGCUACGACGCUACUCGGAUAAGGGUGGAGCACAUGGAAAGACAACUAGCCAAUCUGACCGGGCUCGUGCAGAAAGCUCUGACACACGCACCGCACACCAGUCCGUCGCCACGAGAGUACUUGCAGGUCCCACCGGGACGUGAUCCUUACGCGAGAGCAGCAGGCGCCGGGGACGAGUUCGACAAACACUCUAGCUCCAGCUCUGCCUCACUGCCAGUGUCUCAACCUGCCGUUACAGAUGACUCGUACUUAAGGACUGACGUUAAACCGCCAAAAUUAGGCAAAGACAAGUCGGUGUCGUUUGAAAAGUCAGUGUCCUUCAGUGACGAGCCACCAGACAUGAACUCUCCCAAACAACAUUCCCCGCAACAUGCAGCGGACACAAAACCCACGAAACCGGCAAUCAAAUCCUCCACGUUGCCGAGGAUGUCGUCGCAAGAGAGAGACAGGCACAAGCCAACACCACCGCCGAAACCAGCCGCGUUGGUGGCCGGUCAAUACGUGUACAGGGAUCUGGCGCUUACACCGGAAAUGUACAACCAACUGAGGGGUCUGCAGAAGAAGGCGAAGGAUCUCAGGCAGGAAGUGAGAAAUCUUAGGCGCAUGUCACAGGCACAGGCUCACACGGUGCGCGAGACUAUUAGAGACACCUUCAUAACGAUUAGGGCUAUGCUGUUAUCUGGAGGAGACGCAGCUUGGACGGCUGGAGAUACAGAGAAGAUGCGAGUGAGCCGCGAGGAAGACCUCUACAAGCAAGAGAUGAUAAGGCUGGAAAAAGAUCUCACCGAGCUCGAGAGCACCGUGGAGGAACUUCGCGGUAAUGUGAUCACUAAAAAGACGCGUGUCAAUAUGUCGGAUGUGGAGAACAUGGCUUUGAUAUUGAGUAAAUCCAGCAAAACUGUGGCCGACCUAAAAGUACGGUUCCCGAGUUUGCAAGAGGGUAUAAAGAGUCUACUAAGCUCCGAGGUAGAAAACGUGGAGCGCGAGCAGAAGUUCCUGAAGGGACAACCCGAUCGACUGGAGUCUGCGUUGAAACGUUGCAAGAAACUCACCGGCACACUCGUGACGCUCAAACGCUUGGCGUCGGUGCAAGAGCAGCGAUUACCAAACGCAGCGAGCGUAGAUGCCGAAGACACGCCGCCUAUAACACCAACGACGGCACAGCAUUCCAAGGCAGCUGCCCCUGUGCCAGCGGAACGCACUGUCGUGGGGUCAGCGAGCGUCCUCGGGGGAGGGGGCCACCCUUACGAGCCAUCCGCCGACCAUCAGCAGCGUCCGGAGAACGCACUCGACGCUCUGCUAGACGAACUGCAGACUUUCUCGCGGCCAGGCUCGCAGAUGGGCCACGUGUCGAGCAGCUUGUCGGUACACCCGGGCUCGAAUGCGCUCCUAACCGACGUCGGCCGUGCCUCCAGCCUUCGAGACUCGACGACCGUCGCGGCGACCACCGGUGGCGGUGGCGGACGCGCGCCCAGCAUCAGCGAUAUCGGUCGGAAAGGCAGCAUUGACUCUUCCAGCGGUGCCCUGAUCGCAUCCUCCGCCGUCGGCCUGAUGGGUUUGCCCGGGAUGGCGCCGGGCGGCACACUACGUCGCUUGCAUUCGUAUCCCUCGAGUUCGGACACCGACACUUCACCGCCCAUCGCCAGGCUGCAGGCGCUGUCGUUGUCGCAGGACCAGCAGGGGCAGCAACAGCCGGGUAUGCCGGUGCUACCGCAGAGCUUCCUGCCUGGUCAAAAGCCGCCGGUACCCGAACGGAACGCCGAACUGCUGCAGCUGGCGAGUGCCAGAAGGGUGCCGCCGCCACCACCGCCGCGCACCAGCUCUCGAUCGCCCCUGGCGAGUCCUACCAGCCCGCAACUGCCGCCCAGGAAUCAUCCGUGCAACCUGCAAAGCGGCAACGCGACUCUGCGCCGACCUUCGACGCGCGGCAGCGGCAACAACAAUCUCAUCGGCAAGGAAGGUAAACCGCCGAUGGCCUUACCACCGAAUGCCACGACGAUCCUGUCUACCGCGGAGCAGACUUCCGCGUCCUCAGCGUCGACCACACCGGGCGUCGUCGGGCCGCACAACUCGUCGUCCUCGCAAUCCUCCGCGGUAUUGUCGACCAGCAAUUCCAGUUCCUGCGAGAGCGUCAAUUCGCAGGAGGGACUGCAGAGCAAGCGCGGUCGGCAGGAACAGUUGGAACAACGGCAUCAGGAGCUACUCAGGAAGCAGAAAGCUCUGCAGGAACAGUACGCCAGGCUGCAGCAAUUGCAGAGGAACGCGGCCGGUCUCACCACUGUGCCACCGGCGCCGCCCGAUCUUCUGAAGAAGACCGGUUCCGAAAGCAAUCUCCUCGCGAAGAUGGGCCUUGGUCUAAGCGCGGCGAGCUCCGGAUCCCUCACGAGCCUCAGCAUCAAGCCCCAGAUCUCGCAGGAAGUCAUCGGCGACAAUGGUAACCACGUAGCCAAGAGUGAGGUCAUCAACGGGCAAGCGCCCGCCGCGACGGUCGUGACGACAGCGACGACCAACGGCCCUGGCAACAUUACCACAUCCACGACGGUAGUACCGGGCACCACGACCACCGGCUCGGCCACCACCGUCACCACCACGUCCACCACGACCACUAGCAAAGUCUACGAGACGGACAUUCUGUGACCGAGAAGCCGCUCGCUGAUCGGCUGCUCGACCGUCAAGGUCGCCACUGAAAUCGCGUUGGCGAGUUAACACGGCGGCUGACGGGAUCGCGAGGCUGCUACCACGUGAUCCUUGGUCCUCGAACGAUAGGAUAGAUCUCCCCGGUAAGAUUGUCCAUCAAACAAGACGAGUAAAAGGGGACGAAACACGGACGGACGAAGAUCGGCCGAAGAAGGUUUGACAAAAAGGAAUUGCUAGAAUUUUAAGAAGACCAAACGAUAGGAUGUGGACACGAAGAAGCGCGAACCGAAGAAGAGGAAGAACAGGAGGCGAAAGAAGAUUGCUUCCGGUAUCCUGAAUGACGAGGCCAACGUCUCUUGGAAAGCAGAGUACAGCAUAGGAAUUCAGCGCGAAAGACGCGCAUAAUAAUACCGCAUUAAUCGCUAUGAUUAAUAUAAUAUAAUUGAUUGAAAGAAAAGAAUGUGCGAGGAAAUAUGCGAGUGCUCGACGUAGCAUACGGACGGAAAAA